UCGAACAUAACACUUCCGAUCACAGACUACGCUGGUCGUGCCGUGCCAAUGUGAAAUAUAAAUAAAAAAAUAAAACUUACUUUUUAAAUUACCACGGCUUUGGGCAAUAGCCCUUCAGCCUAAUUUAUCUAAAAUAAAAAUCUUGAAAAAAGAAAAUAAAAAUGAAGACCAGGCCAAGUUUAACGUUUUCAAAGUUGGACGCGGAGACGGGAAGUCUUUUGGAUAGAAUGUUCGAGAAGAAGGAUUGUAUGGUGGAGAUCAACCCUGGACGGGUCAUAUUACCAGCUGACUAUAUGACCAUCGGCCAGGAUAUUCUGGACAUGGAGGUAUUGGAAGAUGACGUCUGGAUGUGUUCUUAUCCUAGAACCGGUUCAACUUGGUGCCAAGAAAUGGUGUGGCUUAUUGGCCACGAUUUGGAUUACGAGGGAGCUAAAUCUUUGCAACAGAUCCGCUGCCCCCUAGUGGAACUUUCGUGCAUCAUGGUGGAUGGGCACGCGGAGUGGCAUGACGAGUCUGUGAAGGGGACAUCAGUGGACCUGGUCAAAUACCGGCUCGCGCACCCUCGCUACAUCCGCAGCCAUCUGCCGUGGGACCUGCUGCCCAUCAAUAUCACCAAGGAAGAUGGAUCUGCUAGGGCUAAGGUGAUCUACACAUCACGUAACCCCAAAGACAUGGUUGUGUCCUACUACCACUACUGCACGCUGGUGCACGGCCUCAAGGGCACAUUUGAGGAGUUCUGCGAUCUCUUCAUGAAGGACCGUGCGCCUUUUGGGCCCGUGUGGAACCAUAUUCUCGGUUUCUGGAACCGCCGUAACGACCCGAACCUCCUCUUCAUCAAGUUCGAAGAGAUGAAGCAUGACCUCCCGUCAGUCAUCCGCAAGACCGCUACCUUCCUCGGGAAGACCCUGACGGACUCGCAAGUGGACAAGCUGUGUGACCAUCUGUCCUUCCAGAACAUGAAGAGUAACAGAGCUGUCAACCUUGAGGCGAUUCUGGAGAAGUCCUUCGGCAAGAGCUAUUUGGAGCAGACCAAACUUAGAUUCAUAAGAAAAGGUGAGAUAGGGGAUUGGAAGAACUACAUGUCUGACGAUUUGUCUAGAAGAUUCGACCAGUGGGCUGAGCAGCACAUGAAGGGAACCGGCCUUACCUUUGAGUAGGUCUGUAAGGGUGUUGGUUUUACACUUUGUAAUUUUCUAAUUUUCAAAGCUUAUUUUAUAGUGCUACUUAUUUUAAUUAUUACACUUUCGUGCUAAACUGUUUAUGGAAUAAAUACAGUAAGUUUUUAUA